AUGUCUAAUGCCUUCUCCCCUUCUUUGAUGCUAGCGGGGAUGGACUACAUCGCGCCCUCGUCCGUGUGUAUUAAACCGGCAGCCGUGCAGACAUCGUCCUCCGGGGUGGUGGAGCGGCAUGGGCCGUCCUCACGGGCGGAGGGUCCAUCCGAUCCGACGAAAUCGACCCCGUCCUCUUCGUCUUUUCCCCUACAAAAAGUGGAGGUGAUGAAGAUCUCGCUGCGGGAUUGCCUCGCCUGCAGUGGGUGCGUCACCACCGCGGAAAGCGUCUUGGUAGAAUCGCAGAGCCGCGGUGAACUCAUCGCGGCGGCUCUGGGGCCAAGCAAAGAGACCCCUCCGCCUGCGUUGUUGGUCACCAUCAGCGAUGCCUCGGCGGCCUCUUUGGCGGCGUUUAUGGGCACUUCCGCGGUGGAGGCGAUGGGGUGCAUUUCUGGGUUUUUUAAACACGCGGUUCGCCGCGAUGCGGGGCAGAACAUCCUCGUUUCCGACCUCCGCUGGGCCCUCGCCAUCAGCGCGGAGCUCACCGCCGAUGAGUACCUACGGCGCUGUGAAAAUGACCGGGGGAGCCUUCCGCUGAUUGCGUCCGCCUGCCCUGGAUGGGUGUGUUAUUGCGAAAAACAAGGAAGUGGGUUGCUUUCGUUGCUGAGCCCCUUUCUCUCCCCGCAAGGGAUCGCAGGCUCCUUGGUGAAGCGCUGUGUGGACGAGGGAUGCUAUCACGUGUCGAUCCAGCCCUGCUUUGACAAAAAGUUGGAGGCCGCACGCGAUGGGGGUUACUGGGGGGCUGCGGCAAAUGACGAAGCGGAGAAGGUGCCGUAUACGGACUGCGUGCUGAGCACCGCGGAACUUCUGGAAUGGAUGCGGGAGGUUGAUGAAGAGCUGCCAUGGCGGGCUUCGCUCGAUUCGGAUUAUACGCCCUUGUUGGGAUCUUCCUCGAUUUCCUCGCAAAAUACGCGCUUCUCCGCUGAAGGCGGGGAUCGGGCGGAUGAGUUGAACCACACAAACGAAACACUCGCGCACAUUGAAGGAAGUGGCGGCUAUCUUCGUCGGGCAAUGGAGAAGGUACUGCAUCGUAUUACCGCCAAGAAGGAGAAUCCGGAAGAAACGGAAGAAGAAAAUUCCACCCCCACGCACAUGUUUCAUUAUGAAACGAAACGUAAUCGGAAUCACCAACUCGUCAAGUGUGCUGAACUCCCCCAGCAGGUCUUUUGUGUGGCUUAUGGAUUUCAGCAGAUUCAGAAUAUUGUGCGUGGGCUCAAAAAGAAGCUUCCUGCGGUCCGAUCGUGUACCUUUAUCGAGAUGAUGGCAUGCCCGGAUGGUUGUUUAAACGGCGGUGGGCAGAUUCGUCGGUCGCCGUAUACACCGCAAAACCACGAGGAAACGCUUUGCUCGGUAGAAAGUGCUUUUGAGGAAUUUUUGAAAGGUCCCAAGGCGAUCGUGGUGAAUGAAGAAGGUAGCGAAUUCAAAAAAAAUGGGUCGCAUUCCGGCAGUUUAAUGGAGAAGAGCUCUAAGGACUAUCCGGCGCGUAAUUUAAUCACGUCUUCUUCGGAGAAGAAUGGAAUUUAUGCAUUGGAUUCAACGGUGGAAAAUAAAAAUGCCCCUGCGGAAGAAACUCUUUUUUCCCAAAGACGUGUGAUGGAUAUGCUACACCGCGUAGGUCCAGAUGCAGUGCGCUGCGUAUUCACUGACAGACAAAAGGAAUUUGAAGAAAUGCUCAACAAAGGUAAUCUUCAAAGUCUGAAAUGGUGA